AUGGCCGUCGUCAUCACGUCUGACGACGAUACGUUUUUCGGGUCGCCCUUGCGUCGAUCUCAGUCGCAGCCCAAGUUCAACACCAAACGCUCGGGUUUCCAUACAUCGGCAUCAACCUCCAGGCUCAGCGACAUCUAUCACCACUCGUCAAAGGCCUUCGAUCACUCGGCCCCGUCCUCGGCGCCUUCUUCCCCUCGGGGCAUUCACCUUGAGUCGUCCGAGCUGUCGGAUUCCUCUACGCCUGUCACGAACCCUUCUCUUACUUCGGACAGCGACGAUGAAGAUGUUCUAGAAGCCGCGAUUUCGAGGCGAGGCUUUGGGGGCCGCCUGUCGCGUUAUGAGGAGGAUGUGGGUUAUUUCAACCAUGUGGAGCAUUCGGGACCCCCACCCAGUCCGCGAACGGAUCAGUCAUACACUUCCUCGCCGUCUGGAAAUGAUACGUCCACUCCCACCUCCCGACCCGAGUCUCCGGAGCUUGUUUACGAUAGGGCUGAGGACGAUAUAGCGAUCAAGAUACAGCCUUCUAGACAUGUGGACUACCUCUCGCACAAUUGGCGCGAGGAGGACAUCUGGUCAUCUUGGAAGCAUAUUGUUGCCAGAAGGGGAGAUUAUGCCAACUCGGCUCGGCUAGAGAAUGCCUCUUGGAGGACAUGGAUGAAGUCUAAGAACAACCUCGGCACAGUUUCUCCGGAGACGUUGAACUGGUUGAAAGAUUGCGAUGUCACAUGGCUAUACGGACCCUUGCAGACUGGCCCUUCGAUACACUCCAAUACCUCGAGUAACGACAGAACAAGGAUGUCCAAGACCAACUCGUUCGCGAAAAAGCCCAUUCUCAAGAAGAGGAGUAUGUCGGAGCUCAUGCUUCAGAGAUCUCUGUCCGCGUCCUCGCUCGUCAAACAGGCGGCGGCAGCUGUACAAGCACAACAGAAAGGAUGCCUGAAGAAGACUAGUCGACGACCGGGUCUAGACCGAGCCAACACUGAUUUUGUUACCUUCCCAUUCUCGUCUCGCGGUCUCAGUAAUGACAAUAGUUUGUUUGCGACAGCCGUGUCUUCCGGUCUCGUGUCUCCGAGUGGUGAACGGAAGCAUAUUCACUUCAACGAGCAGGUAGCACAGUGCAUUGCUGUGGAAAUCAAAGGAGACGACGAUGAAGACGACGUCGAGCCCGAAAUCAACUACAACAGCGAUUCGGAUGACGACGCAAUCAUGAUGAAGCGGACCAAGGGGAAGAAGCUGAGACCUAUAUUAAAAAGGUCAAAAAGUCACAGCCACAGCGGUGGAGAGAGCAGGACGAUUGCCAUGCUGCCCUCCACCACGCUCAAGUAUCGGGAGGACACCCCCGAACCAGCGGAAUCGGCCAUGAAGCACAGCACUGGUGUGUUUAGGGGAACAGUACUGUCCCCUUCUUCGUCUCAGGAGACGUUACGUCCGGCCAAGAAGUCCGGCAGAUUCUUCGUUGACAGCGAUGACGAGGACGAUGAAGACGACGAACCGACGUCAAAUUGGUCCUCUGCGAAAUCCACGGAAGGCUCGCUCGGCGGGCUCCGUCGUUCAACUUCGUCUGCCAGUCUUUUGAAAGAACCAGCUGGCAUGAGGAGAACCGAGUCGGGCAUGUUCAUGCCAUACGAACAAGGCGAAGACUCCAACAGUGAAGGCCUUUUAGGCCGGGUCAUUGAUACGGUAAAUACGGCCCGGGACAUAGUCCACGUUAUCUGGAACGUUGGGUGGAAGAGAUAAUCUACCACUUGGCUAGACAACUCUUAUUAACCAAUCAUUUUUCAGAAGGAGGCCACGGCGAACAACUUGAACACACAACGAUUUCGACUCGGCUGAAGUUUUUUCAACUUGAAGAACAAUCACAC